UAAACCGCAGGCGCGCGUGGGCUGAGGUCAUACGCGUAGGCUUUGAGCGCCAAAUAGGGUUUCCCCCUUUCCAGUCGAUGUAGACAGCGCCGCCGCCAGCCUCGCCGGUCGCUGCCUCGCCCGCUCCUGCUGACCGGCUCGCCCGCCCCGCGCUUGUGGAUUGAGCAUGGCUUUCGCUGGCGUAUCGCUCGUCGGCGGUGACGGCAAGCUGUGCACGUCCACCGUGUCGCCCAUCGACUGCGGCGCGGCCAGCGGGUACCACUUGCUCGUGGUUGAAGGCUACUCGCGAACCAGAGACACGCCGCCGACCGGCGAGUACAUCAGAUCUCGUACUUUCUUGGUUGGGGGCCACCGCUGGUACCUCAAGUACUACCCUAAUGGUUGCGAUUCCAAGUGCGCGGGAUGUAUAUCUGUUUCUCUUAACCUUGAAGACGAUGCCGAUGGUGAUAAGCAAGCUCGGCCUCUGAAUGCUCGGGCUACCUUCAGCUUCAUUGACCAAUUUCAGUGGCUAGAGUCAGUAGACAUCCAUGAUCGCCAAAUUCAAGACUUCAGUGUCGAUGCUGAAAUGCUAUUUGGAAAUCUCAUGAAGAGGGAGAUCAUGGAAAGAUCGGCACAUCUCAAGGACGACAGCUUCGUCAUCCGUUGCGACGUCGUUGUUGUCGGUGCAGACAUAACCGCGGACGGUGCUGACAACCAAGUGCCACCGACAGACAUGUCAAUCCAUUUCAGGAAUCUCCUCCUGACCAAGGAGGGUGCUGAUGUGAUGUUUGAGGUCAACGGUACGAUGUUCACCGCACACCGCUGCGUGCUUGCAGCGCGAUCUACCGUCUUCAAGGCACAGCUAUCUGACAGCGUUCUUGAGGGUGCUACGGUGAAGAUAACUAACAUCGAUGCAGAUGUGUUUGAUGCCUUACUUUGUUUCAUCUAUACCGACACAAUGCCCAUCCCUAAGACGGACAACAUGGAGGAGGAAAUAGGAGAAGAGGAUGAAGAUAUAUCGUGGCUGCUGCAGUUGAUUGAAGCUGCAGAUAGAUAUGAACUCCUUAGGCUCAAGUUGAUGUGCCAAGAGCUGUUGGUCGCAUCCAUAAGCCUCAGCACGGUGGCAGACAUUAUUGUUGCAGCUCAGCGGAGCCGCUGCAGCUGGUUGAAGGAACAAUGCUUGGAGUUCAUCAAGUCUCAUACAAGCUUGCUAAAAGUUUUCACAGGUGAGGAAGUUCAGGAAAUGGCCGGAACCUGCAGUCCAUCUAUUCUCAACAAGCUCCUUUCCCAGUUUGCUUUGUAAAUUGCUAAGUAUCGUCCAUUCGUCUCACCCAACCCUAGGAUAGUGGAGUUUGCCACAUCUUUAUGGGUAAUAUAUAUAUGCUACUGGCCUAGAUUGCUACUGGGUAUUGAUCAGAUGCAGAAUUCUAGUUUA